CUGUCAAUCUUUUUUGUCUUGUCUCUAUAUGUGUAUUAGUAUAUAUAUGUAUACAUGUGUUUGCACCUUUUUGUUUUGUGUAUUUGUCUUCAUUUUCAUCUCACACAGCGUAUAUGGUAAAGUUUUAAGAUUGGCACUUAGUUCAAUUCGUCACCAUUUUCAUUAUGGCAUUGACAUAUAGUCAUAUUGUUGACAUUUACAACACACACAAAGAUAGUUCGAAUUACAUGCAAAAACUUCAGAGAGAGAUUUGUCAUGCCCUUCAUGUAAAUCCUGCACAAAUAAGCAGAGUUAGUUUGGUAUGGAAAGUGAAAAAAAUUGUGAAAGAAAUGACAAGGCUUAAUAGAUAUACCAACAAGGACAAAUAUCACCAAUAUGGAGAAAAAAUAUUUAUUCUGCCAAGUUCCAAAAGAGCAACAACAAGUGAUACCACCUUGAGGACCUCCCCAGCAGAUGUGACAUCCCCAGCAAAUGCGACUGCACAUACUUCCCAGCCUGUAACCUCCGAAAAUGUGUCUUCCCUUAUCAAGACAGUCAGUGAUUUAACAAUUAAGAUGCAGCAUUUAAAAAGAGAGAACUUGGUUUUAAAGGACAAAUUAAAAAGCAUCAAUACACGAAAUUCAAACAGAAAUUUGAAAAGAAAGAAAGAAAAAAUUGAUCUUAUGCAACAGGAGUUGAAUGUUUUAAAACAGAGAGAAUUUGAAAGAAAAAAAGUUAAAAAUGAUAAGGGUGUACAGUGCAAUAUUUUUAAAAAACAUGUUGAAAAUUUAAAAAAUGAAAUUGAUGUUUUAAUGUCUGAAAAAGAGACUUAUGAAAGUGAGGAUUUUAUACAUGUUAAUAAAUUUGUAGAUUUUAGAGAUGACUCCAAAGGAAAACCAUAUAAUUUUAAAUUAAGAAAUUUGUAUUAUAUUUUUAGAAGUAGAAAUAUUGGUAUUGUACAUAUUGGACCAAUUGUUGAAUCAGUGUUAGAUUUAUUUGAUAUUCAUGUAAAGAAUUUACCAAGCAAAAGCACUGUGGCUGUUUUAACGAGUGAAAUGGGGGUUUUAUCUAGAAUACAUGUUAACGAAGAAAUUAAGAAAUCGAACAAAAUUACAAUGCAUAGAGAUGCAACUACGAAAAAAGGUAAACAUUAUUAUGGUGUACAAAUUAACACAGGAGAUAAAUUAUUAACUACAGGUAUAAGACAAGUGUGUGAUGGGAAAGGAGAGACAUAUGUAAAUACCACAAAAGAAAUUUUAUCUGAUAUUAGUUCUAAAGAUUGUGAUACUCAUAUGAUUUUAGAUUCUAUUUCUUGUUUUAUGACUGAUAGAAGUGCCACAGAACAGAAAGUUAAUGAUAUUUUUAGUCAGCAAAUUUCACAUGAUGUCCAUUCUUUUAAAUGUGCCAUUCAUCCUUUAUUACAAUUUUCUGAUGUUUGUUUUCAAGAAGUUUUUAACAUUGAAAAAGAAUUAAAUGUGAAAUUUGAAAGUUACUCAAGCUGUGCCAAAGAACCUUUUACUAUGUUUCUAUUAAGAUGUGUUUCAAAGUUUUUUUUACAAAGAUGGAACUGGUGA